CUUGCCGCGCACUUUCAGAACCACGUCGUCAUCAUGAAGGAGCGAAUUCGGUGGAUCGGUGUCGGGCUACUCAGUCUAGGUGUGCUUCUAACGUUUGCAACCAUAGAAGCGGUACUUCCGGACGGAUGCACCCCACUCAACGAACUGCCAUUUUCCACGUAUGACGUCAGCAGCAUCUGGGCAGCUAAUUCGGAACUUGGGUCCAUUGUGCCGCCGAAACGUCAAGGAAACAUGCGAUCUCGUGGAGCACUCCCUACACAACACUUCGCAACAAAUCAGAUGAAGACGGGAAGCGCCCCCAUGCGGCUGAUACCGUAUUCAGCCGUGAUGGGCCCUGAAGGUAUCACCUACGAUGCGUACACCCUCGAGCGCUGGAACAACACGAAGCGCACCGAUCUCAUGAUGCAACAGACCCCGACAGAGGACGGCCUCCCGUGGAAGAAGAUGGUCUCACUGGGCUCCAAUAUGAAGCAGCUGGUGUCAGGCCCCGACGGGAACCCUAAAGGAACCUUUACGGGGAAGUCUGGAGUGCAGGUGGGGAUUGAGGGGGCGGGCGAGCCGGAGAUGAUUGACUUUGGCGAGAUGUUCGCUGACUUCCAGUGGAUGGAUACCAGUGGCGGGAAGAUGCAGGUUCCACUAGUUCGCGGCAACGCCCUUCUCACCCACAAGUUCGAGAAUGCCAACCCGAUUUUGUAUCCUUACUGUUUGAGCAGCAUCAAUGGACAAGCUGUCGACUUCAGCUGCCCUUCUGAGGUUAUUGCUUCAGACCCAGGAGAAGGCUUUGUGGAGUCCAAAUGCGAAUCUUCAGGGCUAGCUAUUGUCCUCCACGCAACCAAGCCCAUAGAGUACGUAGGACAGGUCCAAUGGGCAGCGGCACCCACCAGUGGGUGGGGGAACAGCCAUGGGAUGAACUCCUGUGAUAGGUCGAAAUGCUCUCUCUCAAGUGAUGGGCUGACUAUUACAAUUAGGCCUGGAUAUAACAAUGAUCACAUAAGUUACGCCGUCAACGUUCCCUACCGGUACAUUCUACCGCCAAGAAACUGGGACUCAAAACCCUACACAGCAGACUGCCGCACAUGGCGAGGGUCAAGGGACGUUCAUAGGUUCAGAGGAGAGGAGAAUCCCGAAUUUCUUACAUCAAAAAAAUCUCUGAAAAACGCCUGUAGUGGUCCAUUUUGCCAUCACGCUACGUGCACUUGCUCAGCCAGCCAAUCUGGAUGUGAUGUAACCCUGACAGUGUCUUUGGGCAGCCCCGUAACAUCAGUCGACAAUCUCCAAUUUGCUGGGGUGACCGAAAGCACUUGGGGAACACAUGCACCCAUGCUGACAUGUGGCAAAAAUGUCCCCUGUUCCAUUUCUACUGACAUGAAGCAAAUAACCUACACCACAAAGACAGGAAAAUUUGGAGAAAGUUUCAAAUACGCUGUCCACGUGAUUGGGCGUUUUAUCCAACCGCCGCAAGAUUGGCAAGGAACGCCUUUCAGUGUCACGUGCCCCUCGUCUGCCUCUGUAGCUGCCACAACGAUAGCGCCAUCUGUUGUUGUUGCUACACAAAUGCCACCUACUGUCACACCUUCUACUGGUGGCGCCACAGCUACAGCAGGUGCAUGCGAUGCCACGUUUUGCCAAACCGUCACCUGCUCUCGAGAAAAUGGAAAAUAUAAAGUGAAAAUCCAUGUUGAGCUGAAGAAUCCAAUGAAAGCACAAAACUCGAUCCAGCUUGCAUCGUCGGAGACUUCAGGCUGGCAUGGUUUUGUUCCGAUGCUGACUUGUGGAAGCUCAUCACACUCCUGCCAAGUUUCUUCCGAUCUCAAAGAAAUCUCUUUCGUACGGAGUUUUAUGAGCCCGGAUGUAAGUUAUGCGAUAAAUGUCAUAUCCCAGUUUGUCAAACCAUCCAACUGGCAGAAGGACCCGUUUGUUUAUAACUGCUUCAGCGGAUUCCAAGGCGACUAUGGAAACACCGGCACUCCUGGCACAUCUUCAGGAACUGGAACCUCAGUGACCUCUGGAGUCUCAAGUGGUUCUUUCAACACUGCUAAUAAGUUUAUUCUCGAAUUGAAAGAACCAGGGAACAGCUUACCAAACCAGGUCAGAAAGUUUGCCGUGUACUUCUCCCAGGAAAUGGAACCAAAUCUAUCAUCUGCUGGCCUGAAAUUUGCUCCAAAAGCUGGAGGGAAGUUCACGGGAAUCGCACAGUUGGGCUACCUUGGGACAAGUCCAGGUGGUGAUGUCACAGGGAACGAUUACUUGGACAGGCAUGCUGGGUUUUUCUCUUACAAACCCAAGACUAGUUUCUGCGUGAAGGGUAAUAGUGGAUUCAUCAGUUUUGACUGGGAUGUGAAUGACAUCAAUGGACCAACGGAUGCCGGCAGUGUGCUGAUUGUUGCACUACCUCACCAUGAGCCACUGUUGAAUGUCCGCCAAACUCUGAUCGCGACGCCCUAUGGCUUCAAAGGUACUCUGGGAAGAGAUUGGCUCUUGGAAGAGCAACUUCCGCCUGCUUCCAUGGAACCAGAUAUGACAGCCGUCAAUCGAAUCAAAUUAAAUCAAGCCGAACUUAAGGACAUCCUGACGGCAAUAGAGCGCGACUCGAACCAAUACAGCCUUGACAGUGUUUGCAACUGGUCUAAUAGUUACGGCGUAGGCAAAGAGAUAGCUAUGGUAGCAAGGCUGGCAAGUAUAUCCAGGGCAUUCGGCACCAGCCAUUAUCAGAAGCUUGACAACUCAAUCAAGGUUUGUCUUGAGAAAUGGCUUAGAAUAACAGAUACGCUAGACAACGCCAACAAGUUCUUCUACGACACUGUCUACGGUGGUCUGCUCCUCCGUGGGGAGGAUGCCAGUCACGCCAUCACCCCUCAUGCCAACUUCGGGUUCCCCUCUUACAAUGAUCAUCACUUCCAUCUUGGGUACUUCUUGUAUGCCCUUGGGUACUACGCGAAAUAUGACACAGCCUGGGCACAGGCAAACAGGGAAGCGAUUGUAGCCCUCGCCCGUGACGUUGGGAACCCGACUACAAAAGACACUCAGUUCCCUGUCGUCCGCCACAAAGAUUUCUACAUGGGCAUGUCCUGGGCCACUGGUGUGGUGGGCGGAGGCAGGCAGGCCGAGUCCUCCUCAGAGGCGAUCAAUUGCUAUCACGGCUUGGCCGCACUGGGUGAAUCCUUAGGCGACACCACCAUGAAACACGUGGGCCAACUGAUGCUGGCCACUGAGAUUCGAUCGGUCAGGGAGUACUGGCAUGUCAGGGCCCAUAAUAGACAUAUAUUCCCUCCAAUCCUCCAAGGUUACGGAACUAUCGGCCAACUUGCCGAAGAUGCUAUUUUCUACUACACCCUGAACUGGCCGUGCUGGCCUUACGAAUUCCCCAUGAGGCACGCAUGUCUGGUGGGAAUACAGCUCAUUCCAGUCAUGUCCGUCUCCAACCUUUUUAUGGAUUACGAAUGGGCAUCCAGUGUCAAGGACGUGUGCACCUGGGCCAACAACCCUUGGUCGGCACCAGGCGCGGAUAAGGUGGCUCCCUCUAUACUCAAACCAGUCAGUACGGGUUGGGGCGCCUUCUGUCAUUCCAUAACAUCCCAGUUAGGAGGCCAGCACCGCACUGAUGCCGCAAACUAUAUCAGGGACAGAAACUACGGAGAGAUGGUCGGAGGUUCCGGGGUAGCCAGUACACUUCUUUAUAUCUACGGCUCUACCUAGAUAAAUUUUCUUCAAUAAAUAUAUCUCUUUCCACCAAAUUUCCUUUUUGUCUUUAUU